AUGUCCAGCGCCAUAGAUUACGCCCCAAUGUACCCGAUGUCCCAGCAGGCCCUGCCUUAUGCUCAACCACCUGAAGAUUGGCAACUACCAACAGAGACCCUUGGACGCCAGACACCUUUAAGUCAACCGCUAUUUCAAGGUCAACAAUCCCAUUUGCAGGCUUACGACCCUUUUCAAGGAUACGACUGGGGGCCGCAAGACCCCAACACGGCUCUGGAUCUUCUUGCACUGGCUGCUCUGGACCCUGAACUGCCGCCAGUACCAAAGGAACACGCUGUCUCCGCAGAAACCGAUUCCCGUAUUGCUCAAUUAGAAGCCCGAAUCAAAAGACUAGAAGGGACAAUGAAGGAGCAGUUGAUUGAGUUUUUGGAGGGAGUCGAACUUUACGUGGACAAGUUGAUGGAAUGGGCAAAGCUUUCCAAGCGAGUAGUUGAUAAUUUCAUAGCAGAUAUUAAAGUAGCAAAGGAAUCGCUUGGAGGAAAUGAGGGACGCGGAGAUGGAGCAGUUUGA